AUGAGUUUAUUUCGUAAUAUAUCAAUAGAUCUACCAAUUGAAGUAUGUCAUUUAACAAAACUUUUUAAUCAAGAUACAAAUCCAUUGAAAGUUAAUUUAAGUAUUGAAGUUUAUCAAGAUAAAAAUGGAACUGGACUUGAUACUUUUUGUAUAGCAUGUCUUAAACUUAUACUUAGUGAACAAUCAUUGGCUAUUAUAGAAAAUCGUGCUUGUUCAAUACAAUCAUUAAGUGGUACAAGUACACUUCGUAUUGGUUUAGAUUUUCUUUAUCGAAAUGGUUUUCCUUAUCAAGAUUUUUCAAGUGGUGAUCUUGAUACAGACGCAUGGGCAGUACGUUAUUUUGUACAUGAAGCUAAACAUGAAUUAUUUAUUGCUCAAUCAUUUGCUAAAAAUUUCGGUUUAUAUAAUGAACAUAUUGGCCAUUAG